CCCAACCCACUGCUGCGUGUUGAGUCCUGCCCCGCUCCGUUCUCACUUCACACUCUCAUGUCGCUGUGGUGCAGAGACCCACCGAGUCCGAGUCCUCUCCACCUCUGCUCAAAGACUCACUGGAUAUUUACGUGUUUACAGGUUCGCGCUCAUCGCCCUCUAGUGGUCAAGCAGGGGAUUGAACAGAUGUGAUUUUUGGAAGACAAUAAUCACAGGAAGCUUCUUCACAGCAGCAGAAGGAACAUUUUGUCUUUUAUUUUUGUUAAAGUUUUUAAGACUAAGAUGCAUCGUCAGAGGACUAAAUGACGCCUUCUCUGUGGAUCUAAUUCAUUUCAAAGGUGAUUUAAAAAAAAGGAAGAAGUAACUUUUUUCUGGAAGCACUAAAUUAAAAAAAAAUGUCCACAGAGUCUUUACAAGCCGCCUACGCUGCCAUGGCUCCGUCCGCCGUCCCGCUGCCUCCCUCCACAGGAAACCUGCUCCGGAUGUUCCGCGCGUACCAGAGCAACGCGGUCAUCAUCGAGCACUACAACUACACGGGCAAGCUGAAGGAGAACAAAUACAAAGACGGGCUCACCCCGGAGGGCAUCGUCUUCCUGCUCGUCUGCCUCCUCAUAGUCCUCGAGAACGCCGUGGUGCUCGUGGCGAUCUGGAAGAACAAGAAGUUCCAUUUGCCGAUGUACUACCUGCUGGGAAAUCUGACUUUGUCCGACCUGCUGGCGGGUUUCACCUACAUGGUCAACAUCAUCAUGUCGGGCGCCAACACCUUAAACAUGACCCCGGUGAUGUGGUUCCUCAGGGAGGGGGGCGUGUUCAUCAUGCUGGCGGCGUCCGUCAUCAGCCUGCUCGCCAUCGCCAUCGAGCGCCACGUCACCAUGGUGAGGAUGAAGCCGUACCAGGGGGACAAACAGGGCCGGAUGUUCGCUCUGAUCGGGGCGAGCUGGGUUCUGUCGGUGCUCCUCGGGAUCCUCCCGGUCCUGGGCUGGAACUGCAUCGGCCAGCUGGACCGCUGCUCCACCGUCCUCCCGCUCUACGCCAAGAGCUACGUCCUCUUCUGCAUCACCGUCUUCAGCGCCAUCCUCAUGUCCAUCGUGGUGCUCUACGUGCGCAUCUUCCGCAUCGUCAAGUCCAACACGCAGCGCCUCGCCUCGGUCCCCCAGCGCAAGGGCCUCUACAGGAAGUCGCAGAAGUACAUGGCGCUGCUGAAGACGGUCACCAUCGUCCUGGGCGUCUUCAUCGCCUGCUGGCUGCCGCUCUUCGUCUUCCUGCUGCUGGACUUCUGCUGCCCAGCCAAGAGCUGCGCCGUGCUCUUCAAGGCCGACUACGUCCUGGGCGUGGCCAUGCUGAACUCCCUCCUGAACCCGAUCAUCUACACGCUGACCAGCAAGGACAUGAGGCGGGCGAUCCUCCGGCUGCUGUGCCGGCGCUGCCUGCUCACCAAAGACGGCCAGGUGAAGAAGAUCGGGAUGCCCUUCCUCGAGUGCAGCACGAGUAAGAUGGACGCCCCCUCGCACAGACUGGAGGGGCUGGAGACCACGGUGUCCUCGGGGAACUUCACCCCCUCCACCAUCAAGGCCAUUUACCCCCAAAUGUCCAAAACGUGACACGGGCAACUCGCCCAACAAACUGAGAGCGAACACUCUGUUGGUGUUUCUCCAGUCGCAGAACGUUUCCUGUCGCACUCGGGCAAAGUUUUGGGUUUUAACCUUCAAUAAGCUCGACGCAGUGACGGAUAUAAAAACAGAAAAACCUCGGGCACAGACGUGAAGUCCCCCCUUAACCCUCGCCUACAUCUGAACCAAACUCCUGACACAAAAUGGCGUCAAACGGCACGACAGUUUCAGCUGUUUCAUCUUUUAUAGUUUUGUGUCUUUGUGUUGUUAUUCUGUCACCGUCUAUCAUCUUUAACCCUCAUGCAUCAUCAUGGACAUCUUUGUCCAUUUGGUCAAAUGUUUCCUCUUCAUCUGGUCAUCAUUUUGUCUGUUAGUGCAUAUGGCACACAUUUUUGUAAGAAAGACUCUCUCUCGACAUUUUUUGGAAUGCACAUUUUAUUUUUUUUAAUAGAUCAAUAGAACACUGAGAAACAUGUUUACUACCCUCAGAAGUCACUAAGGACAAAAAUGUCCACUUACAAAAAACUGAUAUAAAAAUAGAACAGAUUGAUAUUUUUUUCUACUUUUUUUGGCAUACAUCUCUUAAACAACUCCAGCCCUGCUCAAAACUAUCAAACAUUCAAUCAUAUUUAGGAAUUUAACCCUUUAAAUGCCAGAAUCAUGUAAUCAAACUGGCAUUUAAAGGGUUAAAGGGUUUAAAUCUGAUGCUACACAAAAACUAACAAUGCAUCAAAGUCAAUAUUUUGGAUAAUCUUUGACAUAUCCAAGACUGAUUUUAAAAAAAUCCCCCAGCCAGCAAAUAUUUGUUUUAUGGAAAAUAACUUUUUGUGUUUUUUUUCUUAAAUAACAACAAUAACAUCAAGUAAUCAAACUGGCAUUUAAAGGGUUAAAUUCCUAAAACUGAUUGAAUAUUUGAUAGUUUUGAGCAGGUCUGAAGUUGUUUAAGAGAUUUAUGCAGAAAAAAGUAGAAAAAAAUAUCAAUCCAUUCUAUUUUUAUAGCAGUUUUUUGGCAUGGACAUUUUUGUCCUUAAUGACUUAAGAGGGUCUUAAAUUAAACUGAUGCCUGAGGGUUAAGCUCGUCUUCGUGGUCAUUUUGCGUGGUUUUAAGUCCAUGUGAGGUCGUGCACGUCUCUUUGAAGUCCUCUCGUGCAUCUUUUAUGGGAUAUUUUAACUGCUUGACAUUUUUAGCGUCUCUUUGUGUCUCUUUGUCUUCCUGUUGCAUCUCCAGGAUUUUGUUGCGUCUCUUUAAAUAUUUUUUUAAUCAGUUUUUAGUAGUUUUGUGACUUGUCCCUCUCUGUCUCUCUUUGGAGUCGUUUAGUGAAAGUUUUGGUUUCCUUGCAUGUCUUUGUAGCUGUUUGGUGUCUUUUUGUCUUCACAGCUGUUUGGUGUCUUUUUGUCUUCACAGCUGUUUGGUGUCUUUUUGUCUUCACCUCGCGUCUCUUUGAGGUUCUUUUUGAGCAUCUCUGUUCCUCAGUUUUUACAUCUCUUGUGGUAGUUUUGCAUCUUACCCGUGUCUCUUUGUCUCGGUGUUUCAUGUCUUUGCAGAUUGUUCUGUGUCUCUGUCUCAUCUCUGUGCAACCCUUUGUGGUCAUUUUGCAUCGCUGCUGUUGUUCGGAGUCUUUUGAAACCUCUGUGGUGAUUUGAUUUGUUGCCAGUUUCUUUAAGGUCAUGAUGUGACGGAGCUACAUGUGUAGUUUCUCUUUUAGGUUUCUUCUGUUGUUAGUUUGUGUCGGGUUGCGGUCAGGGGUACCGGGCCGGAAGUUGGCAAAGACUCUGCAACAUCUGAAACAACAUUAAUUUUCAACAUCACAGCGUUGCAUUUGUGUCGGGAGUUUGCAUGUUUUUUGAAUGUGCAGCGUUUCUGAGUAUGCUGCUUGUUUUUCUAAACGUUCGUCGUCGAGCCUUUGACUCCUUCCGGCCUCCGUAAGGGGAGGCGGAGUCUGUGCACUAGAGUUUUCUGUGCAUCUUUUCUAAAUCUUAAACCGUGAAAGACUAAAUGUGCCUCUAUAGCGUUUAGUGUCCUGUGGAAGAAAAAAAAACGCAUCUCAUGUUUUUUUAAGACCCUGAUAAUCAGACCACUUCUUGUCGGAGUUUAUGCGUUUCCUCAAAGAACGAAAUUGAAUUUAAAAAAUGUGCAAACAAUUAGGACACGAGGAUAAAUCUCAUGCAGCCCAGCGGCAGAUUUAUCCUCCUCCUGUCCUCUCCCUGUGAAGCGUAUAAUAAUAUGUUGUUACAAACACGGAGCAUCCACACCCAAAAAGCUGCAGCCAAAACCAUGUAAUUUCUGCCAUGUGAGUUUUGGUCAGCUGCAUUGUGGGUAGAGGUCUCCUCGCUGGAGAUGAGAGGCUCAGCGGCACUGAGGACGCGUCACAGCCCGGGGAGAGGGGGCGGGGUUUGAGCCGAGCGGUUUGCAGCUUUGGAGGUCCUUUUGACAGAUGUAGCAACACUUGAUGAAUGAGGAGCAGCAAUUAAACCCGACAGGCGAUGUUCUCUGACGUCUUAUCGGUUUAACGAGCUCGAGUGAUUCUCCACGGCUCGGGGGACAAAACGUCUCGAGCUGCAGAGCUUUCGAUGUGGAGAGAGUUCAUCUUUCAUUCCUGUGGAAAAAAAAAGAGCCGAUAUCAAACUCCUCAAAGUCCGGACGACUGAGAGUGAGAAAUUUGGGAAAUUAAAUCAAAGGACAGUUUAUCCAUGAGAUAUGUUGUACAUAAAUGUAAAGAUAAAUAAAAUCUAUUUACUGAUUUUUUUUUAGCUACCUUGUAAAUAUAAAUAUUAUCUUUUCUGAGCUGCAGUUUGUAAAAAAAAAACCUCACUUAAAUUAUGCUGCCAGUUUUAUAUGUGCACUGAAUAAAAAACAUGUGAAUGAAGUUUA